UACGGUAAAUAUAAUUUUGUUUUUUAUUAUAAUUUUUUUUGUCCCAAUUUGGGUGUUAAUCUUUUGCAGUUCGUGAGAACAGUAGUUGGGCAAACACUGCGCCUUGCACUUCCCAUCUUCAUCAUAAUUAGUCUUCAAUCUCCUCCUUUUUCUCUCUCUCUAGAACCUCUCUGUUUCUCUCACUCCACGAUUCAUAAACCCUAGCUUGGCCAAAUGGGCUCUGAGGGAUCCAGGGUUGUCGUUCCUAGGAAUUUCAGAUUACUGGAAGAGCUUGAGAGAGGUGAAAAAGGAAUUGGGGAUGGAACUGUUAGCUACGGAAUGGAUGAUGCUGAUGAUAUAUACAUGCAGUCAUGGACAGGGACUAUUAUUGGUCCGCCCAAUACUGUUCAUGAAGGGAGAAUUUACCAGUUGAAACUGUUCUGUGGGAAGGAUUAUCCAGAUAACCCACCUUCAGUUAGGUUCCAAACCCGGAUAAAUAUGACUUGCAUCAAUCAAGAAACUGGAGUGGUUGAACCUAGUUUAUUUCCAAUGCUUUCUAAUUGGCAAAGGGAAUAUUCAAUGGAGGAUAUAUUGACUCAACUGAAGAAAGAGAUGGCAUCUCCCCAAAACCGGAAGCUAACUCAGCCCCCUGAAGGCAAUGAAGAGGGAAGGAUGGAUCAAAAGGGGCUCGUGCUGAGAUGCUGUAUUAUGUAAAGUCAGGUGAGAGAUGAAUGAAAAUGAUAAUGUCAAUAAACAAUAUGCAUUGGAUGAUUCCUAUCCAUAUUUCGUAGUCCAAUGUAUUUGAAAUUGUAAUUAAGGACCACUCUAAUAUGGAACCUUUGGAGCAGUUUGAGAGAUUGUCACUACUUCCUUUUCUCUAUGAUGAUGUAUUUUUAUGGUGUAAGUUUGGAUUUUGCUAUGCCCGAACCUUGAAUUUUGAUCAUAUUUAUAUUUAUAUAUA